GAUCUGAAACUACUCAAGAGACUGAGAAGUACCAGAGGAGCAGGCUGUAAGAAUGGCACCUGGCAAGUCAUCUCCUGUGGAAACUUCUUGGAAGAUCUUUGAAGAAUACCACAUAGAUGAAGAUGUGGGCUUUGCUCUGCCCAAUCCAUUGGAGGAGCUACCUCACCCUUAUGAUGCCUGGGUUUCCAUUGCUAAAAAUCUGCCUGAACUGAUUAAGAAUGGCCAACUACGUGCAGAAGUUGAGAAGUUAACAACCUUCAGCAUUGACGGCCUCCAAGGACACAAGUUGCAGCGCCUUGCACAUCUGGUUCUGGGGUAUAUCACCAUGGCAUACGUGUGGGGUGAAGGUGAUGGAGACGUCCGGAAGGUCUUGCCGAGCAAUAUUGCUGUUCCUUACUGCAAGGUAUCUGAGAAGCUAGGACUGCCCCCUAUUCUGGUCUAUGCAGAUUGUGUCUUGGCAAACUGGAAGAAAAAGGAUCCCAGUGGGCCCAUGACUUAUGAGAACAUGGACAUCCUAUUCUCGUUUCCUGGCGGGGACUGUGGUAAAGGGUUCUUCCUGGUCUCUCUGGUGGUGGAAACAGCAGCUGCUUCUGCAAUCAAAGUGAUCCCCAUUAUAUUUAAUGCAAUACAACGUGAAGACCCAGACACUUUGCGAAAGGCAUUGCUUGAUAUAGCUUCUUGUCUGCACAAAGCCCUUGAAAUAUUUCACCAAAUUCAUGAAUAUGUGGACCCAAAUCUAUUUUUCAAUGUUCUUCGCAUAUACUUGUCUGGGUGGAAAGGCAACCCUUUGCUGUCAGAGGGUCUGCUGUAUGAAGGUGUCUGGGACACCCCAAAGAAGUUUGCCGGAGGCAGUGCAGCCCAAAGCAGCAUCUUCCAGUGCUUCGAUAUUCUGCUGGGCAUUCAGCAUACUGUUGGUGGAGUUCCUUCAGACUCUGCUGCUAAAUUCCUCCAGGAAAUGAGAACAUAUAUGCCAUCAGCUCACCAGAACUUUCUUCGCUCGUUAGAGUCAGGCCCCUCGGUCCGUAAGUUUGUCCUUUCAAAAGGUGAUGCUACCCUGCAGGAAAUUUAUAAUGAAUGUGUGCAAGCCAUGGUCUCUCUGAGAAACUACCACUUGCAAGUAGUAGCUAAGUACAUUGUGAUUCCUGCAAGCCAGUCAUCCAAGAGAAAACCAACCUCGGAAGAGCCUUCAGAACCAAAAAAUAAAGGAACUGGAGGCACCGAUUUCAUGGGGUUUCUAAAGACUGUAAGAAAUACAACUGUGAAUUCCCUGUUGAAGGAAGAUUAAUCCAAGAAAGGGCUUAUAUUGCUACCACACGUGGUAAUGUCACUUCCCAUUAUAUCAGAAAUAGCAUUAACAUUCAUAACUUGAGGAGAGGAAAAUAAAACUAAUGUCCAUAAAAAAAAAACCCUCCACGUGGGUGUUUAUAGCAGCUUGAUUCAUAAUUGCCAAAACUUGGAAGCAUGAAAUAAACCAAGGUACCCAUCCUUACAGUAGAAUAUUAUUCAGGGCUAAAAAGAAAUGAGUGAUCAAGCCAGGAAAAGACCUGCAGAAACAUGACACGCAUGUUAUUAAGUGAAAGGUGUCACUCUGAAAAGGCUACAGACUGUGUGAUUCCAACUAUGUGACAUUCUGGAAAAAGGUAAAACCAUGGAGGCAGUAAAAGGAUCAGUGAUUGCCAGGGGUUAGGGCAGAGGGAGUGAUGAACAGGAGAAGCACAGAGGACAUUUAGGGCAGUGAAACUAUUCUGUAUGAUAGUAUAAUGGUGGACACAUGCCAUACAUUUCCCCAAACCCACAGAAUGUACACCACCAGCAGUGAACCUUAAUGUAAAUUGUGAACUUUGGAUGCUCAUAAUGUGUCAAUGUAGGUUUAUCAGUUGUAACAAGGGUACCAUUCUGGUGUGCAGAGCUGUGCAUGUGUUGGGUAGAAGAUACAUGGGGACUCUGUAUUUUCUGUUCAAUUUUGCUAUGGGCUAAAACUGAUCUAAAAAAAUAAAGUCUGUUAAAAAGAAAA